AUGGCUGCAACUACGGCAGCAGAGAGGCGCAGGCCUCGUGUCUUGCUGCUGCUGCUGCAGCCGCUGCUGCUGCUGCUGCUGCUGCAGGGCUCUGGCGCUGCAGCAUUUGCUGCUGGCCCUUCCCGCUGCUGCUGCCCCCCCAGGAGUUCUCACUUGGGUUUCGUGCUGCCUCCUGCUGCUGAAUGCUCAGCAGCAGCAGCAGCAGCAGCAGCAGCAGCAGCAAAGGCAGCAGCAGCAAAAACAGCAGCAGCAGCAGCAGCAGGGGAUUUCGAAACGGAGAGUUUGUUAGGGCCCGACCUGCAGCAAGAAGACCCAUCCUGGAUUCAGCAGCAGCAGCAGCAGCAGCAACCGCAGCAGCUGCUGCAGCAGCAGCAACGACCGCAGCAGCAGCUGCAGCAGCAGCAGCAGCAGCAGCAGAACAAUUGGAAUGAAUGGGGGAGCAGCAGCAACUGGCGGCAGUCCUGGAGACCGAGGCGGCCGUGGGGUGUACGUGCAGCUGCUCGGCAGCAAUACCCCCAGCAGCAGCAGCAGCAGCAGCAGCAGCAGCAGCAGUUUAGUGGUGCUGCAGCAGCUGAAGCAGCAGGAACCUAUUGGAGGUACCCGCGCUGGCAGCGGCGACGCUCAGCAGCAGCAGCAGCAGCAGCAGCAGCAGCAGCAGCAGCAGGAGGGUAUCAACGGCCGCCGGGUAUGCGUAACCGUGCAGUACCGCAGCAACAGCAGCAGCAGCAGCAGCAGCAGCAGCAGCAGCAGCAGCAGUGGCUGGGGUCUGCGGGUAUAGUUGGAUCAGCAGCAGCAGCAGGAGCAGCAGGAGCAGCAGCAGCAGGAGGUGUGCGUGUACGUGAGAUAGAUGUAGGGUUGCUGCUGCAGCAAGACAAAGAACUGCAGCAGCAGAUGGAAGCAGUGCUGCCGCUUAGCUUCUCUCUAAACACAUUCGCAGAUAUAGUCGAGGGCAGCAGGCGGCAGCACUUGCUGCUGCUGCUGCGGCACCAGGGCCCAGCUCCUAUACGCACGUCUCUCCCCGCUGCUGCUGCUGCUGCUGCUGCUGCUGCUGCUGCUGCUGGUGGGGCUGGCGGUGAGAAGGAGGAGGAGCAAGGGAAAGAUGCAGCAGCAGCAGCAACAGCAGCAGCAGCAGCAGCAGCAGCAGCAGCAGCAACGCCAGUGGGUACCUGGUGGUUUCCUCUUAGCGCCUCAUAUGCUGCAGCACGAGAGAUGCUACAAGCACAAGCAGAGCAGCAGCAGCAGCAGCAGCAGCAGCUGCAGCUGCAGCAGCAACUGCAGCAGCUGCACAGCAACAUGCUGCUGCUGCAGCAGGAAGCAAAACAAAGAAGAAGGAGAAGAGAGAUCCUAGCUGAAGCACUCGCUAGACACGGACUUGAAAUAAAGUAG